AACAUCGCUUACUGUCAUUGGAUCAAAAUGACCAGACACCCAACAGCUAUCUUUCCUUGCCACUUCCAUCAACAAAACUCUUUUUCGUAGCAGAUAACACUUUUAUUUACUAGACUUUCCUUUCUUUUCUUCGACCUUGUUUGUCUGUUGUUUUCUUCAUUUAUUCGUCGUUUCUUGGCAUUUCAGUUUAUACAUUAUCGAUCCGUUCCCGUCUUUCUCAAACUAAAAAUUGAUCUGUUCAUCGUUAAUCACCAGUUCUUCUCGUUUUAACACCUUCUCCCCUUGCUCCCCUUACUCACUAUGAAACUUGCAAUUGGAACUAUUCUCGAUAAACCUGUUGUCGUUUAUGAUUUAAACAAGAAAUGCUUCACUGAUUCUUUAAAGGAAGUUUCUUCACCUACUUGGCUCGAAUGGCACGAAGAGUUACAAACCUUGUACGUUGCUAAUGAAACACAAAACGGUUCCGUUAGCGUUUUCGAGUGGACAGGUAACUCGUUCCGCUUAAUCGAUACUUAUUACAUUGAGGGACAUGGUCCCACCAGUUUGUGUGUACUCGACAAUGGUACCGUAAUUACUGCCAAUUACGACAGUGGAACAGUCAGCAAGUGCCAUCCAGACAUGGAAAAACCUCACAUUUGGGUUCAUGAAGGCCAUUCUGUGCACCCUCACCGACAAACAUCUCCGCAUCCUCAUCAAGUAAUCCAACACAAGCAUUUAGUUUGUUCUGUCGAUUUAGGCUUGGAUCGUAUCACCUUUUUUGAUGCGCAUAAUCACCACACGGAUCCCGUAGCCAUUAUCCAUACCAAGCAAGGUUAUGGUCCUCGACAUGUAGCAUUCCAUCCGACCCUACCUCUCAUUUAUGUCGUUUGUGAACUCAGAAACCGCAUUUGUGUGUACGAAACCAUGCAAUUUCAGUGCUUGCAGGACGUUUCCGUGCUGCCCCCAGGCACCGAGAUAAAACAAGACCCGCGAUUCCCUCAACCACCCAGUGCCGGUGAGAUUGCUUUUAUACCGGAUGGUCCUUUCCUCUUAGCUUCCAAUCGAUUUCUCGGAGAGCUUUCCACAGACACCAUUUGGGGUUGUCAAAUUGACGCGAACACUGGGUUACUGUUUGAAGGUACUGAAGUCCACUUGUCCUUGGGAGGUCGCUGUCCACGCCAUUUCUCUCUAACUAAGGAUACCAGCUUGAUGGCUGUGGCUCUUCAAGACGAUAACCUUGUUCGAGUUUACCGUCGGAAACCCAGAACACUUGACUUUACUGAAGUUCUGACGAUCCAGACCGACAAGCCCGCUUCUGCCGUUUUUUUAGAAGGUUUGGAUUAGCAAUGAACUCUGUAGUAUCAUCGACGCAGUAAUCUUAGUGUGCUACUAUGACAAAGAAGCUAAUGUCUUUUGUUUCUCAAUCUCUUCUCGAGUUUUGAUAGCUUAGUCCUAAACAUUCAUACACUAACAAUACACAAUUAUGUGCAUCAUCUCAACA